UUAGAAAAUAGAAAGUUUAAAUUUUGUUAUUUGAGGAGAUUCCUAACAUAAAUCCUGUUUGUUUUUCUUCAAAUAAAUAAAAGUUAAAUUACGUAGUUUAUAUGUGCCGUUAAGUGACACUUGUUUUGGUGUUUUUAUUUAAGCAUAAUUAGGAAUUAUGUCGACGCUAACGCGGUAUUUGGUUUAUUUGACACUGGCAUCUCUAUGCGUUUCCGAGCCUGCAGUGGAACCAAAGGUAGAAACAGAAUCACAGACUGAUUCCGAGGAACCUCCAGAGGGAUACUACGCCUUUGUCGAGUCUCCUAAUGCUACCCCGCCUAGGGUACGUCCACCGCCGUACCGGCAAGUAACCUCUGAAUGCGCUUCAUCGACUGAAAAAGCACACGUCAGCGCCAACAACCUAUGCGGAGAUCUCAACAGAGGCAUCAUACCGCGCAACCCCAUGGGUCAGAACCCAAAUGGAGAGCCCUAUCCUUUUGAGCUAAUCCGCAACCACACUCUCCGCUUUCUCUCGCGCACUCUGCCAGUAUUGCGCGCAGAUGACGCAUUGCCGCGCGUAGCACACGUCACGCAUCCGCCCGCGCAUGGCGCUUACCCCGCCACGCAAGACUUACCCGAACUACAGCAUAACAGGUUAGAGGAGCGCUCCAAGAGGUCUAUCUCCGCGGAAGAAGUUCCGACCAGCGAACUACAGAUGGAACACCGGGGCCUGGACGAGAAGCCACGGGAAAGCAGGAAGUUCUGCGACGGCGGCGGAGUGUUCUGCAUGCUAUACCGCGCCAUAAAUGGAGAAAGUGCGGGACCUGAGCGACGAGAAGACCCCGGCUUAGCACCUCACACUCCUCAUGCACAUAGAUAUGAGGGUCCACCCACCCCGUGUCCCGCACGAGUAGAGUACGCGACUCCUGUUUUCGCCCGCAACUAUCAAGGUGUUUGGCGCUACGUUGUGCAGAUACCCUAUGAAGGCUACUUUACGCAAACCGUUGAGGUUACCAGAUGCAUGCAGUCACGUUGCCACUACUUGGAGGGUGGUUGCCUCAGUUCACCACGCUGGCUUUCGCUACUCGUAGCCGAGCUGCACUAUCCGCCCCGGCCUGCUACUCCCGCUACACCCCUCCACCAGGAGUUCCCGGCAUAUGGUUCCACGGAGAGCAGUUCGGAGAAGCCACCGCACUGUGACGGACACGAUGAGUUGGGCUGCUACCAGGUGCGUCUGUACUACGAUUGGUUCCUGGUGCCCGGUUCCUGUAAAUGCUGGCGACCGGACUACUUCGCGCGUUACGUUAGACGUAACCAACACGAGCUGUAAAUACAUAAUGCAUCCUUUAAACAUAUUUAUUUUUUUAAUUUCCACUGAAUUACAAUACAUAAAAAAGUGUUAAAUAAGGUUGAAAUAAUCACAAAUCAUGAUUUUUAGUAGGUAUCCCAUUUUGUAAAAUUUUUUUUUCAAUAUGAAGCUUUGGAUACCAGAUCUAAUUAAAA